AUAAUGCAUAUUGCAUUGCACUCGCAGAAUAAGACAGCAGCUUAGUAGAAGUGAAAUUCCUGUGACUGCCAGUAAAUUAGAAAAUUACAGAAUUUCUAAAUUUUCUCCCGUGAUCGUUGUGCUCAGUUUAGUGGAUUUACUGUCGAUAGUGUAGCAGUUCCUAGGUGGGGUUUGAGUGUAGCAAUUUCUUGACCUUGUGAAGGCAACCCCAUUUGUGCCACGCAAAACAAACUUGCUCGGAUUAGGGUGGAGUGUAAAACCGACACAUUGUGCAAUCGGGUGAUACAGAAAAUUCGAUAAAGUGAUACGAUAAUUGUGUGUGCACUGGUGACCCGUCCUAUGUAGCAAUUGUUUUUCGGUGGGGGAUAACAUACGGUGCUCACAGCAAUGAGAUCGCAGUUCAGCCCGUUCAAUACAUCGCUUCUAACGCCCAGCGGAAGUGCAUCCGCAUCACCGGGUUCGAUGCCGCAACGACCCCCCCGACGAAGAGCACAAUCGGUAGGCAAUUCCAGCCACGGCAGUUCGCUAGCAUUGGCUUCUUCGACUCCAAGAGGUUCCCUGUUUAGCGCUAAUGACGAGGAUACCUGCAUGGUGCGAAUAAAGGUGGUGGCCGCUCAUUCCCUAACCAAGAAGGACAUCUUUGGAAACAGUGAUCCGUACGUGAAAAUAGACAUCAAUACGAUCGUGGGGGAUGCGAACAUCGAUUCCAUGGUCACGAAGACAAAGAAAAAAACGCUCAAUCCUGUGUGGAACGAAGAGUUUACUCUUAGGGUUAAGCCCAACGAACACAAACUGGUGUUUCAGGUGUAUGAUGAAAAUCGACUGACCCGUGAUGGUUUCUUGGGAAUGGUUGAGCUAACUCUCAUCAAUCUGCCCCGGGAACAGGAAGGUCGAACGAUUGGCGUAAAAAACUAUCCGCUUCGACCCAAGAAAAUCUCUAGUAUGCUGCGAUCCAAAAUACGAGGUUCGUUAGAUAUCUACCACGCAGUCAUGCGUGAUCCAGAAAGUGCGGGUCCGGACUCUUGGAGUGCUGCCGUACUGCAAACGCCCACACCUAGUCUUCGAGCGGCUCAGGCUGCGGUCGUCAACGUGGAAAGUGCACUGCCAGCCGGCUGGGAGGAGCGACAGGAUGCGAUCGGACGAACCUACUACGUGAAUCACAUUGCCCGCACCACGCAGUGGGAACGACCGACGGCGGUACUGCCGCAGCACGGCAUUAACGAGAUGGCCGCCGCCUUUCAGCGACGGUUCCACAUUAGCAACGAUCCGGGCGACACCGAGGCCAGUAACAACAAUGCGGACACAAUGAGUAUCACCUCCGAGAGUAACACCAGCCUGCGAAUGGAUCAAUCGUUGAGCGAAUCCGUGAACGGUGACAACAACAACAGCACCACCAGAAGUGGUCUAUCGCCGUCACCAUCGACUGUAUCCCUUCCGAAUGGUACCAGUGGUAGUGGAAGGCCCAUCCGACCAGCCCCGUUACCGCCGAUGACUGCCUCUGCGGGUACUACUCCGACCAGUGGACGACGGAUGGCUCCUCAGCCACCAACAGGGGCUACCACCUCGCCGCUGAUUCCGGCCUCGCGACACCCCCUAGAGAACAACCCUAGCUCCAUUGCGGAGGACGAAAGCAACAACAAUACUAACGGUGGUGUGCUGCUUAACGACACCGGGGGAGGAACCACGGCACGGGAGCUUGCGGACAGUACGAUCAGCAGGAUAAAUGCUAGCAACAGGUCGUCACCCAGCAGCUCACCUCAAUUGGGAGCUGCUGUUUCGCACCAGCCGCCACUGCCUAGUUCCGAAGGUUUACCAACGGGUUGGACCAUGCAAUUUGCCGGUAACGGGCGGCUUUUCUUCAUCGAUCACAUCAAUAAGAAAACGUCCUGGGUCGAUCCCAGAACCGGUGUUGCCAGUGCGAUUCCUAAUGCUGCACAGGCUAACAGUGCAACGGCUGCGGGAGCGAACGGCGAAGUCGCCGGAGUCGCCGGUGUCACUGGCACCGGUCGAGCUGACGACGAACUAGGGCCACUGCCGGAAGGCUGGGAAGAGCGUGUACACAGCGACGGUAGGACGUUCUUUAUCGAUCACAACACUCGGGCAACACAGUGGGACGAUCCGCGGCUGUCGAACCCCAAGAUCGCCGGUCAGGUGGUGCCAUAUUCGAGGGACUAUAAGCAGAAGUACGAGUACCUUAAAAGUCAGCUGAAGAAACCGGCAAACGUACCGAACAAAAUCGACAUCAAAAUCCGGCGAAAUUUCAUUCUGGAAGAUUCCUACCGGAUAAUCAACUCGGUAACCAAAGUUGACCUGCUGAAAACGAAACUGUGGGUCGAGUUCGAGGGAGAGGCCGGCCUGGACUACGGUGGACUGGCUCGCGAAUGGUUCUACCUGCUGUCGAAGGAGAUGUUCAACCCGUACUAUGGGCUGUUCGAGUAUUCUGCGAUGGACAACUACACGCUGCAGAUCAAUCCGUCCAGUGGGCUGUGCAAUGAGGAGCAUUUGAACUACUUCAAAUUCAUCGGGCGGAUAGCUGGCAUGGCGGUGUAUCACGGCAAGCUGCUGGAUGCGUUCUUUAUCAGGCCCUUCUACAAAAUGAUGCUGCAGAAGCAAAUUGAUCUUAACGAUAUGGAAUCGGUGGACACUGAGUAUUAUAAUUCGCUGCUCUACAUCAAGGAGAAUGACCCGUCCGAGCUGAUGUUGACCUUCAGCGUGGACGAGGAGAGCUUCGGAACGAUGAGUCAGAGAGAGCUGAAACCCAACGGAGCCAAUAUAGAGGUGACGAACGAGAAUAAAGACGAAUACAUCAAAAUGGUGAUCGAGUGGAGGUUUGCGGCCCGAGUCAAAAGCCAGAUGCAAGCAUUUCUAGAUGGGUUCGGCUCAAUAGUUCCACUGCAUUUGUUGAAAAUUUUUGACGAAAAUGAGCUGGAACUGUUGAUGUGCGGUAUUCAGUGUAUCGACGUGAACGACUGGAAGCGAAACACGCUCUAUAAGGGAGAUUACUACGCUAACCACGUGGUGGUGCAGUGGUUCUGGAGAGCUGUGCUCUCCUUCAACAAUGAAAUGCGGGCGCGGUUGCUUCAAUUUGUGACGGGUACUUCCCGGGUGCCGAUGAAUGGAUUCAAGGAGCUGUACGGUUCCAAUGGACCGCAAAUGUUCACGAUUGAAAAAUGGGGCACCGCGAACAACUACCCGAGAGCACACACUUGUUUUAACCGGUUGGACCUCCCACCGUAUGACAGCUACUCACAGCUUAAAGAUAAACUGGUCAAAGCAAUCGAAGGCAGCCAAGGAUUUGCGGGUGUGGAUUAGAGCACAUGAUUUCGCUCUAAGCAAACAACAUUCCACCCAGAUAGCACAAAAACACACACACUAACACUAACACAGCCACACCCAUAUGCUACCUGCGGUUCUGAAAGAACAAGCAGAUCAAUUAUAAAUAAUAAGUUUUGAUAGCACUAAGCGAAAAGUUGCGCUAUUCACAACAGUCGAUGAAAGGCAAUUUAAUUUCAGAGCAUAUUUUCAUUUUUAUCUGCCAUAACAAAUCGAGUCUCCUCAACCAAAAAUCGGUGAAAACUAGGAAACAAAUUAUUUUCCCCUUAAUGGAAAGGAAGAAAACGAGUACCAACGAAACGAGAGAGAGAAAGACAGAGAGAGAGAGAGUGCCUUGCAGCAGAAUUUGCCUCGUAAUUUCGCAAUUCCGAAGUUUUCAAGCAAUAACCUCUGUCGGAGGAAGAACUAAAUGGAGAAACACGAGUAAUUUUCAACAUCCAGAAAAACCAAAAAUAUUUAUCAUUUUAAUCAGUUUAGACUAAGGCACAUGGUGGUGAAGCGCAGAGCGGCGCUCGAAUUUUGUGAUCUUUGAACCUCUGUCUGGACACACCCAGUGAUCGCGAGACGGGAAUUGUUUUGGAACAAAGAGGAUUCUUUGUUGUUUGGCCGGAAUUGUGAAAACUACACUAGAGGUGCAUGCAUACAAAAUAUAAUACCUAGCUACGAAUUAGUCUGUAGCAUAUGAAAGCUACUUGCGGACAUUUACGAGAUAGAGCACGAAAUCUGCAUGUAUUAUAAAAGUUUUUAAUUAAAGUGCAA